AUGGCGUACUUUUUACCAUCAUUCUUUCAAAAGCGACUUCUCAAAUAUGCCUUAUCCCGCCUUGGGCUCGUUGACACCGAGGCCUUGGACCUUGAUAACCUGGGUAUCCGCUGGGGGCAGCGGAGUACCGUGGAGCUAAGAGACAUUGGCUUGAAGUUGGAGUUUCUAAGGAUAACCGUUCCAGCGGACAUCUACAGUAGCGGGAUAAUAUGCGAGAUCAACGGCAUCAAUGUGCACCUGCGCUGCUUGCCAGAUGAACCUCCAACAGCGAGGCAUGAGAAGUCCAAGUCCCAAUCUUUGACUGCUCAGGGGGUGCACGGGCUCGGAGAGGAACAGACUCUACCGACCCCAUCUCAUCUCGCCGAGUCAUUUCUGGAAGCCGAACCCCAGGAGGAAAAAGAGGAGCUUCAAGCCGCUCUUUCAUCACAAUCUCAUGUCUUCCAACGCAGCUCUUUGUUUGCCGAGGAAGAAGAGGAGGAGGAGCUUGGGCUCGGAAACGAUACACUUUCAUUACCGAGCUUUGUCGCGGGCUUCUUGAAAGGAGUGGCCGAUCGGUUUCAGUUAAGUAUCAAAGACGUCUCUGUGCGUCUAGAUAUGGAGCUAAAGCAAGAUGCUCCCUCCAAGAGACAGCCCGAGGACAGGCCGGAUCUUGUCGCAGGGUUUCUGAGUGUGGGGGAGAUCGAUGUUCAUGGGGUUUCUGGAGUCACCGCUAGCUCGGAUAAUCAUACACCACUUCGAGAGGGGAAGCGACUAAUAUCGCUUGCUAAUAUCAGCGUUGGCCUUGUAUCGGAUCCAGUGGUGUUUGCAAACUAUUCGCGAUUUACCGCACCUACAUCUCCGGCAACUACAAUGCAGUCUAAGGAGAGCCAGACAUCAAGCAGAGCACCCUCACCACCUUUAUUGGAUUCCCCUGGAUCAGAGUCGGCGCUUGCCAUGACGCGGUCAACUAUCUUUGACCCCCGGCCUGAAUUUAGCCAGGCUAGCAUUCCCGAUAAUGAAUUGGACACAUCGGCCGUAUUCUCUCACGAUGGACGCUUUUCAGACGCAGAUUCAGAAGCGGAUCACCGAUUUGACCAUUUCCCCGAUGACUCUCAAGUUUUUGGGAAUCAUGAUCCCUUUUCAGACAAUCCCGGAUAUUUGGAUUCGGUCAUUGAUGCUCAUUUCGAUGACUUUGAUGUAGAAUCACCUGAAAUGGGACAUUCCGAUCACCACGUAGAUGCGUCUCCGGGUAGCUCUAUCCUUCUUCGACAUCCAUUAAACGCCAACCAAGAGGCAGCAGAGCAUUCGCAUGUCAAACUUGCACACUCUGAACCCCACCUAGAAGUUCAAACGGAAUACCAAGUUUCCGAUUUAUCACAGGCAAACCAGCAGAAACCGGCGGCGAGUGGCAUGGCUGAGUCAACGCACUGGUCUUCUCAUUUGGAGGAAGGGAUCCCAGAGGUAACAGCCAAGCCACAAAACUCUUCUCGGGUGUCUGCCUCAUCCUCAUCCUCUGAAUCUGAAGACGGAGUCUCGGAGUCUGCAACUCCCGAUGCAGAACUUCUCGAAUCUAAGUACUUUUCUCAUGAUGAAGCACAAAGUUUAUAUAUGAGUGCUCUGAGUCAAGGCACUGCACAUAGUUUUAUGCCAAACAUGCCGGGCGCGUGGGACUCAUUUGAUGCUGGAGAGCAGUCAAAACCCAACUCCAUGCAACAUCCAGAGUCCAGGAAACCACACAGCAUGGAUUCUAGCCAAGACUUCCAGGACGAGACAACGGCAUCCACCCCCAGACUGACCGCUCCAUCAGAUUCUUAUUUUGAUGAACAGCGGACCGUUGGAGACCAGACACAAUCAAAGUCCAGACUGUCUGAUAGAGAUUCCACCCCAUCUUCGCCUGUCCUACAUAGGACCAGUGAGAUCAAAAAGCCUAUUCUCAACAUUGACAAAUUGCGAGUUUGGCUCCCUUCUGCUGCAAGUGAAGAAGAGACUGGCGACUAUACACCAACGCGGGCAUCUUUCGAAAGCGCAGAUGGCGAUUCUCAAGAUCUUGCAUAUGGCGUCGAAGAGAGCAUGUUUGCUUCUAAGACAUAUGCUUCGUCUAGGUUUCAAAGAGCCCCGACUGAGUCUCCUGCAUUCACCGAGGCGGGUCGCUCCGACCAAGUGAAUGCAAAUGUUGAUGAUCAUCUUCAAAGAUUGGAAGUUGAAGUUUCUUCAAUCAUUACACACUUUGAUAUAGCCACUGGUUGGCUUUUGAUCAAGGCAGGCCAGAGGAUAUUGCAAAUGAACGAUGGAGCAGGCAAGGACCAACCCAAAGAGCCACUCGUAGAAGAUCAGUCUUCCCCGCGUCUGCCCUUGGAUUUGACAAUCCACGAUCUUUCUAUCAAGUUCGUGGAGCAUGUGCCAGGAUAUCCGCAUUCAAUCGGCAAUGAUAUUUCCUCUCCACCGCGACCAUACACCAACAUGGAAGAAAUUGUUCUUCAAAUAAACGCAUCUGGAUUGAGAGCAAAUUUGUCGGCGGAUGAAAAGCGAACUAACUUCCACCUUGGCAUCUCUAAAUUCACCUUUGGUUUUGCCUCGGAUGAUCUUGUAUCAUUUAACGAGUCUUUGAGAAUGCGCGAAUCUACCAGAGACCUCGCAACACCAUCCCAAGGCGACAUCUCCUUUUCGAUGACGAAGAUGACAGACUCCAGUAAAAUUGAUAUUAUCACCCUUCCCAUCUAUCUCAAUCUCAAUAUUCAACGCCUGGAAGAGGUUCUAGGUUGGAUGGGUGGAUUAAGCACCAUUCUGGAAUUGGGAAGUUCUAUAUCGUCGACCUCCACCAUGAAAGGCGGCCACAAGCCUCCAAAGAAACGCCCGCGCGGUGUUCACUUUGAGACCCCCAGCCAUGCGCCCGAGAAAGAGCAGCAGUCUUCUUCCCAAAUGAAGGUUAAUGCACGGCUCGGUGGCGUUGUCCUCGACGUUACUGGCGAGACUCAUUACCUGAACCUCAGCACAACUGCCGUGAAGAUUGUUAGCAGAUUUGAGGGGAUCGGUGCCCAAAUCGACAAGGCGCAAUUGAUUGGACCACUUCCACUUGAUGAUUUCUCUGACGCCCCGGUCAAAGUGACUCUGAAUAACAUUCGGGUUGAGUUUCUCUUUGCACCCAAAGAAGUUGAUCUCGAUCGUCUCUUGACCCUUAUCACUCCGUCUCAGGAUAAAUAUGACGAUGAAGACGAUAUCAUGGUUGAUACGCUUUUGCGGCAAAGACGACAGGGGUCUGUUCUUCGCACCACAGUAGGUGGAAUGAAGACGGUCGUGUCUAGUAUUGAUGGCUUAGCCCCUUUGCCAUUCCUCAUGUCAGAGCUUAGCCGACUGUCCACAGUCACGAAAUAUCUACCCGAGGAUGAUCGGCCGGGGAUUUUGACCCUCUCUCUAGUUCGUGAAUUUGACCUUCAAGUCGAUGUAGGCGGAGAUGUUGGAUACAUCAAUGCCCAUAUUGCCAACGCCGAGGCUGCCUGGAUCAGCAUGCCAUCUCUCAUUGCUACUCAGAUCGGUGCAAUAAGACUCAUUCGAAAUGAUGAUGAAGAGCUCAUGGGCGACGCAUUAUUACCCGACAGAGAUCAGACUCCAAUUCAGCCGCAACCUCCCGUUCUUAUGGCUCGAUUCAUUCCCGAUGAAAUGGACCCUACUUUCAAAAUCAAGCUGCAUCACCUGCGUCUCGAGUACACAAUCCCCUCGAUUAUGGCAUUCCUCGGACUUGGUCGCGACAGCACGGGUGGAGAUUUGGCUGGCGAGAUGGCGAACUCAAUCGCCAAUCUUGCAGAGCAGUCCACUCGAUCAACAAAGAUUCCUGGUCUUUCUCCAUCACAAUCAGACACACCCAAAGCGUCCGUUAAGGCAACGAAAAUCGCGGUUGUAUUUAGAGACUGCGUUAUUGGGCUGAACCCACGCAAUUCCCCAUCUAAAGGACUUGUUGUCCUUUCCAAUUCAAAGUUCACUGCUACUAUGCACAGUCAAGAGUCAACUGAAGCCUUACUUGACAUCAGAAAGGCAUCUGUUAUGAUAAUAGAUGAUGUGUCAAAUGUGGGUUUGGCUGACAAUCUCCACCAACGUCGAUCGGCCGUCAUCCAAAGCAACCAAGUCCAGGCAUACAUAAACGAGGGCUAUGUUCCUGUGACGACUAUUUCCUCCGCAACGGCUGUUGUGAAAGUCAUGCAACUUGCAGCAGACGGAACGAAGUCGCUGGAUGUCGAGCUGAGGGACGAUCUGCUGAUACUGGAUACAUGUGCUGAUUCCACGCAAACUCUCGUUGCUAUUCUAAACGGACUGCAGCCCCCCACGCCGCCGAGCGUCACUGCCAAGUAUAGAACGGAAGUUAUGCCACUCCAGGACAUGCUCGCUUCAUUUACAGGUGACGCUUUCUCAGCAGACGAUAGCUUGCCAACUAAGACACAUAGCGAGACGGAAGCUGGCUUCGAUGAAACCGACUCAGAAGGUCACCUCAGCGAUGAACUUGAAUACGUCAGUGAUUUCUACCCUAACACACAGAAGGCAACUGGGAGUCCCGGGGCCUUCGAUGCGAAUGACCUCCUAGACAGCUUUCAUUCUCAGUAUCAAAUCUCGUCAAGCAUCACGGAGUUGGAUUUCCAAGAGGAUCAUUUUGCCAAGCAGUCUGCUGUAGGUGGCACAGCGCAUCGAUGGGACUCAACCCACAAUACAUACGGUCUUUCCAAUGAUCAUAAGCUGCAGCGCAGUCCUCUUCGGGUAAGAGUGCGAGAUAUGCAUGUCAUCUGGAAUCUGUUUGAUGGCUAUGACUGGCAACGGACUCGAGAUACCAUUUCCAGAGCUGUCAAGGAUGUUGAGACCAAAGCGACGGAGCGAAGAGCACGAGCUUCUCGAAUGUCACCUGAUGCUGAAGAUGAAGAAGAAUCAGUCAUUGGUGACUUUCUCUUCAACUCGAUCUACAUUGGUAUUCCGGCGAACAAGGAUCCACGGGAGCUUCACCGUGAAAUUAAUCGGGAUAUUAACGAUCUUGCGAGUGAAACUGGAAGCUAUGCCACAACGACGACGGUCACUGGAGCUACUGGCCGCCAAGGUCGACCCACAUCAGAGAGGGAGAAGAAGCUACGCCUGAACCGGAGCAAACAACACAAGAUGACGUUUGAGCUGAAAGGUGUCUGUGCUGAUUUGGUUGUGUUUCCGCCUGGCUCUGGGGAGACCCAAAGCUCUCUAGAUGUUCGGGUCAGGGACCUGGAAAUCUUUGACCAUGUGCCUACAUCUACUUGGAAGAAAUUUGCGACUUAUAUGCAUGAGGCAGGAGAGAGGGAAAGUGGAACUAGCAUGGUUCACCUAGAAAUUCUUACCGUGAAACCCGUUCCAGAACUUGCGGCCUCUGAGAUUGUUCUCAAGGCCACGGUUCUGCCGAUUCGCUUGAUUGUUGACCAGGAUGCUUUGGAGUUCAUGAGUCGAUUCUUUGAAUUCAGAGAUGAAUCCGUCGAACCAUCUAGCACCCCAGGAGAUAUACCAUUCUUACAACGAGUGGAGGUCAACGCCAUCCAGGUCAAGCUAGAUUUCAAGCCAAAGAGAGUUGAUUAUGCCGGACUCCGAUCUGGUCGCACGACUGAGUUCAUGAACUUUUUUGUACUUGAUGGCUCUGACAUGGUACUACGACAUGUCAUCAUCUACGGUGUGUCUGGCUUCGACCGCCUUGGCAACACCCUCAAUGACAUCUGGAUGCCGGAUGUCAAGCGUAAUCAGCUACCCGGUGUUCUCGCUGGCCUCGCGCCGAUUCGUUCUUUGGUCAAUGUGGGCGGGGGCGUGAAGGACCUGGUUGUCGUCCCGAUGCGCGAAUAUCGAAAGGAUGGGCGCAUUGUACGCAGUAUCCAGAAAGGAGCGCUGGCAUUUGCGAAGACCACAUCAAACGAAUUGGUGAAACUGGGAGCCAAACUUGCAAUCGGCACACAGACCGUGUUACAGGGUGCAGAAGACCUCCUCACGUCGCCCACUGUCCCCUCAGCUUCUACCGAGGAAGACCGAGAAGACGAAGAAGAGGCAAAGAAGAUCUCCCUCUAUGCUGACCAACCAAUUGGCGUAGUCCAAGGUCUACGUGGUGCUUUCCGUGGCCUAGAGCGCGAUCUUCUCUUGGCCCGUGAUGCUAUCGUCGCCGUACCAGGAGAAGUUGUAGAAAGUGGUAGCGCGAAAGCAGCCGCCAAAGCUGUCUGGAAACGUGCACCGACUGUUAUUCUCCGACCUGCAAUCGGAGUUUCCAAAGCAGUGGGGCAAACCCUUCUUGGUGCAGGCAAUACAUUGGAUCCAAGCAACAGGCGCAGAAUGGAAGAUAAAUAUAAACGUCACUGA